UGCACCCUGCAGGCAGGACUCUGCCAGCCCCUCGUUCUUCCCCAGCCGCUGCCCCUGGAGGUUACUGGACCUGCGCUGCGUUCAGCUAUGAAAUUUCUGUUGGUUUUUGAUUUUGACCAUACAAUCAUAGAUGAAAAUAGUGACACCUGGAUUGUGAAAUGUGCUCCUGAAAGAAAACUUCCUAAUGGAUUAAGAAACUCUUACCAGCCGGGACAUUGGACAGAAUAUAUGGGUAGAGUCUUUGUCUACCUGGGAGACAAUGGUGUCAAAGAAGAUGAGAUGAAAAGAACUAUGACAACAAUUCCUUUCACUGCAGGAAUGAUAGAUCUUCUGGGAUUUAUUGGCGAGAACAAGGAGUUGUUUGAUUGUAUAAUUGUUUCGGAUUCUAAUACAGUAUUUAUUGACUGGAUUUUGAAAGCUGCUGACUUCCAUAAAGUGUUUGAUGAAGUGUUUACAAACCCUGCAGCAUUCAGCAGUACUGGCUAUCUUACUGUACAGCACUUCCAUGCUCACCAUUGUACAAAGUGCCCUAAAAACCUUUGCAAAAGGAAAGUUUUAAAAGAAUUUCUAGAUAAACAGUUGGAGCGAGGAGUGAGUUAUACACAAAUUAUAUAUAUAGGUGACGGUGGGAAUGACUUAUGUCCAGUAAUGUUUUUGAAGAAGAAUGAUAUUGCUAUGCCCAGGCAGGGGUAUACCUUGGAGAAAAGGAUUUCUCAACUGGCCCAAAGUCUCAGUCCUGUACAGUGUUCUGUUCUGGUUUGGUCAUCUGCAAUCGACAUUAUGUCUUACCUGAAAUCACUUAUAAAAGAAUGAUUCAAAUGAUAAAAGGAAACUGAUGCAAUUACAUUUUAGCUUAUUGGGAGAGAAAAACUACAUGUGUAUAAAAGCUCAAAAUUGUAUCAUUGGACUAUUAUCUGAAGUUAUGGGGUUUUUAACCACAACAUAAAACUGUUUAUGUUCAGUCCUGGUGAUAAUGGGAAAGUGCAGUAAAAAAGGCCUUCUAACACAGUACAGAUUCCAAUAUAAGUGGAGAAGGGGUGUUGGGACAGGACUUGUCAUUAGUUUUUGGCUAUUCCCUCCCCUCCAACCCUUUACAAAUACAUAGCUGAUAUAUACUUGCAAUCCCACAGACUUAGGGGAAGGAGUAGGAUUCCUGUUGAAAAUAAUUAAAUUCUUUAUUAGAAAACAUUAGGUGCCAGGAGCAUGGUUCUAGAGCUGUUGGCUUUUAUACUUCUCUGAUCUCAUGGCAAAUUAUUUGCUUGUAAUCUUGUUUAAUCCAAAGAUGCAUUUAUAUUUUCAAUCAAUUAUUUUACCAAACAAAAUUACUUUUUAAUACUUUGUAUUAUCUUGUAUUGUAAAGACAAUAAAAGUUGCUGUCACUGACAAA